AGGCUGGGCGGCGUGGUACCGCCCGGAGGGACUGCCAGGGGAGGUGGCUGUGCCACCGCCCCACGGCGGGACCCCCGUGGGGAACGGUGCGGGCGGCGAGCGCGGAGCCAGCAGAGCCACCCUUGGGGCAGACACCUGCCACUCCGUGAGCUGAGGGGACUUGGGGCCUCUGGGUGAGCCUGGCUCUUCCUCCCACCCAGCAGCCACCCUCCACACGUCUCCCUGCCAGCUCUCGCCCUGUGCUGCCAGAGGCUGUCACCAUGACCCUCACCAAAGGCUCCUUCACCUACUCCAAUGGGGAGGAGUACCGUGGCGAGUGGAAGGAAGGUCGCAGGCACGGUGUUGGGCAGCUGACGUUUGCCGACGGGACUGCUUACGUGGGGCACUUCGAGAACGGGCUCUUCCACGGCUGCGGCAUGCUCACUUUCCCUGACGGCUCCAGGUACGAGGGGGAGUUUGUGCAGGGCAAGUUCAACGGCGUUGGCGUCUUCACCCGCUGCGACAACAUGACCUUUGAGGGCGAGUUCAAAGGCGGGCGUGUGUAUGGCUUUGGUCUCCUGACCUUCCCCGACGGCUCCCACGGGGUGCCCCGCAACGAGGGCUUCUUUGAGAACAACAAGCUGCUGCGGCGGGAGAAGUGCCCAGCUGUCAUCCAGAGGGCCCAGGGCGCCUCCAAGUCUGCCCACAACCUGACGGCGUGAUGGUGCCCCGCGCACCGCUCCCACUGCGGUGGGGACCCCCAUACCGGGCAUUGGCUGGCCCCGCCAUCCCCAGAGCAGGGAUGCAGCACUUCUGGGUGUCCGCCCUGCCCUCUGCUCGCCGGCCUCCCAGCCUUGGCAGAGCCAGGGGUCUGCACCAAGCCCCCUUGCUGAACCCCUGCCAGUGGGGGGACGGGGCCCCCUGCUCUCCACCCAAGUGCCCUGGGGGGGCCAUGGUGCCUUCUCCCUCUGGCUGUAGCCCUGGCACCCGCCAGAGCAGCUGGGGCCCAGCCCCCUCAGGAAGGCUGCAGACCACUGGGGCAGCCAGCCUGCCGCAGGGGAUGGAGCAGGGCUGUAUGGGCCGGGGCUGGGCCCUGACCCCACUGCCAGGGUGCCUUGGCCAUGGGCUGCUGGCCGGACCACAUGCCUGCAGAGGGGCAGUUCCUUGCCUGCUUCGCUACCCUGAUCCUGAGGCAGGGUGGGCACCCUGGGCACCCUGUGGCCUGCACCCACAGCUGUGGGUGACUGGCCAUCCCACUGUGUUCCCUGGGUGUCCCCCCACAUGCCCUGGGCAGGGUGACAUGGUGCCCCUGAGGACCCAGCUGUUCACAGGGCCAGCCAGUGGGCUGUGUCCCCCGCACCCCUGUGCCAAUCCAGACCACCACUGCCUUGGGACAUCAGCAGCAGCACCCCCACCAAGGGGGACUGGGAGACGUCCAGCCUGGCCCAUGCCUACUGCACUCUGCGGGAGGGCAGGAGCAAUGGUGAGCAGGAGCAGGGUCAGCCAGAUCCUGGGGUGAGGGGCACGAGCAGGGCUGUGUGGGGUGCCAGGGCUGGAGCAGGGAGCCUGGGCAGGGUGGGUGGGGACAGGGGCAUGGUGAAGGGGCAGGCGGGGUGGGCAGGGAGCACAGAGCUCCCUGUCUUGGCCCCCGCACGCAUCCUUCAUCUCCCCGCUGCGUGCUCACCUUCACCCCUGGUGUGGUCUGGCUGGCCACGGUGCGGGGGUCCUGGCAGCCCUUGCAGCCCAGUGGUGAGCUGCAGGGGCCGUGCCCUCCUGGCCAGUCUCUGCCCGCACCGGUCCCGUGCCUUGCCGUGACCCUGCCUUGUGCUGCUGCCUGCAUGGGCCUCAGCUGAGUAAACCAUGUUGCCAAA